AUGGCAAACUCGAAACUAGCCAAUCUGCACUUGUCUUACAACUCGAUCGAAUCCAACGGAGCUCAGGUGCUGUUUGAGGCACUCAAGACCAACUCGACCCUAACCACUUUGGACUUGUCUGAGAACUGGAUCGAAGACGAUGGAGCUGUUGCGCUGUCUGAAGCACUCAAGACCAACUCGACUCUUACCACUUUGUACUUGAGUUCCAGCUCGAUCGGAGAAAGGGGCGCUCAGGCUCUAGCUGAAGCCCUCAAGAUCAACUCAACUCUAACUUUUUUGGACUUGUGCGACAACUCGACCGGAGACAUUGGAGCUCAGGCUCUUUCUGAGGUAUUCAAGAUCAACUCAACUCUGAUGACCUUGAACUUGUGUUCCAACUCGAUCGGAGACAACGGAACCCAUGCGCUGGCUGAAGCACUCAAGACCAACUCAACUCUGGCUACUUUGGACUUGAACUCCAACUCGAUCGGGGACAACGGAACCCAGGCGCUGGCUGAAGCGCUCAAGAACAACUCGACUCUGAUCACUUUGUACUUAAGUUACAACUCCAUCGGAGACAAUGGAGCUCAGGCUCUGUCUGAGGUAUUCAAGAUCAACUCGACUCUGACGACUUUGAACUUACAUGGCAACUCAAUCGGAGACAACGGAGCCCAGGCGCUGGGUGAAGCACUCAAGACCAACUCGACUCUGACCACUUUGAACUUACAUGGCAACUCAAUCGGAGACAACGGAACCCAGGCGCUGGCUGAAGCGCUCAAGGUCAACUCAACUCUGGCUACUUUGGACUUGAGCUCCAACUCGAUCGGAGACAACGGAACCCAGGCGCUAGCUGAAACCCUCAAGAUCAACUCAACUCUGGCUACUUUGGACUUGAGUUCCAGCUCGAUCGGAGACAACGGAACCCAGGCGCUGGCUGAAGCGCUCAAGAACAACUCGACUCUGAUCACUUUGUACUUAAGCUACAACUCCAUCGGAGACAAUGGAGCUCAGGCUCUGUCUGAGGUAUUCAAGAUCAACUCGACUCUGACGACUUUGAACUUGAGUUCCAACUCGAUCGGAGACAAUGGAGCUCAAGCACUGGCUGAGGCCCUCAAGACAAACUCGACUUUGAUCACUUUGUACUUGAGUUCCAACUCGAUCGGAGACAAUGGAGCUCAAGCACUGGCUAAGGCCCUCAAGACAAACUCGACUCUCCAACUCAAUCCGAGAGAUUGGAGCGCAUAA